AUGGAGCUUGAUAAAGUUAACACACAUGUAGAAGAGGAAGAUAAUUCAAGUUCUCACUCUGAGAGAGAGAGCCUAGAAAGGCAGGAAAACGGUUCGCCUACCUCAACAACUGGGUCGGAGGGCGAAGAACCUUUUUAUGCUUCAGACGCUCCCGAUGACAAUUAUGUGAGGUCGGCUUUAGAGGCAUGCUCAAGGCCUUUGACACCUGGAGUUAAUCAGAUGCUUCCAGGGCCCGGUUUCAUCGGAAAUUCCAGCAGCUUGAUCACAAGUAUUGCUAACCAAUAUUAUCAACCUGUUCCAUUACGUUCUGGCUCGACGAACGCACCGAGAAAGACGAACAUCACCAAUAACGUUGUUGCAAAUGUGGUGUGCAAACUCAUAACACCGAUAUCCUUCCGAACGAGCAGCGCGAUGCGAGGGGAUCUCUCGACGUUAGCGUUAAGUCCUCAUCAGGAGAAGAGCAGUCGAGAUAGCGAUCAGGAUGCUCACACGGCAAGCAUGAUAUCGAACGCAGCAUCGCAUACAGAUGGAUUGGCCUUGGAACCCCAUUCGAAGUCGUUCGUCGACACGUCCUCGCUAUUUUCAAGCGACCAUGCACUACAGACUUACCAAAAGCUGCACGACUAUGUCACCUCGCAUUUUAGGAUGCAUGGUGAUAAAACGUCGAACGCGUCGGACUUUGCCCAUGCUGGGGUGGAUUUCGAUGCCACCAGGCGCAAGGGGGGUUUCGCGAGCCCCGUUAAAGACACCAUCAGCAACGGAAGCGAGCCGUUGAGUGAUCCUCAGAAUGCUGCGGUAGGCGCCCCGGCGCGCGCGGAUGGGGCACUUUUGCAGGCACACGAUGCCGUGAAGGCAGCCUCGUUAAGCAACACCUCAAGCGGCAAUAAGGCCUGGAAGGUGACCUCCGAUCACGCGUUGGCGAGUGUCUUUGAGAAAUUCAACGACGUGUCGAUGAAUGCUCACCUGAAUUGGCUGUACCGCAAUGUCCCCCUGCUGCAUCUUCUGGAUGAGGAAGACUUGGCGCGACUGGUACCGUUAUCCCUCCGCCGUGAGUACACCUGCGGCGAUAUCGUUCUCGAGCCCGGAAAUCGCCUCCAUCACCUUUACACCGUCGUUUGGGGCAACGUUGAGGUCUUCCGCGCGAGAUCCACCGGGGCCGCGUACGAGGACAGCGGGAAGGUGCACACCCCGUCGGUCUUCCUCCACAAACAGCGUGGCCUGGCGUCGGCUUCGAUAUCCCCGACCCGCGGCCAGAGACUUCCCACACACGUCCUCGAGGAUGAUUCCGAAGAAUUCAACAUCGACAACACGAUCUACACCCACGUGGCAACCCUCGAGGCGAGGCAAUUAUUCGGCAUCGACAGCCUCGUGUACGACGAGACGUCGAAGUACCUCUUCCGCGCUGGGUGCAUGACGACCAAAACCAUCCUCUCGUUGCUUCCCUUUGACGAGCUGCUCAACUCGCUCUCCCGGAACCCGCGCUUUGCCCAGGGUGUUGGCUCCUCCAUCGCGGACUCCAUUGACGUCUUCGGGCCCAUUCGGCAGUUCUGCCGGAUCGUCUUCGCGCAGGAUUCGCUGCAGAACGAGUACCUCCCGCUGUGGUCCAUCGUGCAGAGCUACACCAUGCUCGAGAACGUCAUCCACACAAAGGUCUUCAGCAAGGAGCUUGACACCGGGGCGUGGGGCUACGCCGUGAACCGCCUGCCGGAGAACCUGACCUCGACGUUUUGUUUCGAUCUGGUGCAUGCCCUUCCGCCGUUCAUUGCGAGCCGUAUGCGGGUUGAGGCGCGCGCUGCCGACGUGCUUCAGCAGCGGAGCUCGCAGUCCUCCCAUCGCGGCCGCACAAAGGUCACCUACAUUCCCACCAAAGAGCGACGACGCUGCUCGUGGAGUCUGGGGAUGGAGGGGAAGACGUUGGUGCUGCUUCGAGAUGGCUUCACGGACCUGCUCGAUUUUCUCACCAUGUUAUGUGUUCACAUUAUCGAGAGCAAUAAGCUGCGUGGUCGCGUGCAGGGUAUGGUACACCCGCCGGCGAUCGACAUCCUCGAUGAGUACAUGCGCAACGUAGAAAAGGAAGAAACGGAGAUGAAGAAAAUCACACCGGAGCAAGAGAAGGAGCGGGUUAAGGACGUACUGCGCCGGAUGCCGUUGUCGCCGGAAGAACAGGACGGCCUGAUUCGAAAUUGGGGAACUUCCACGCUAAUGCGCAUCUAUGAAGUGAUGAUCCACCGCGAGGAGUACAAUGUGCGCAUCGAUCCAAGUAUCUCACGUAAGUUUCAAACGAACCCCUUCCAUGAGUGGUGCCUCAAUCUGCGCGCGUGUGUGCUGGAGAAGCUUGGGAUGUGCCGCUUUUCAGACUUCCCAGAGGAUCUCUCCGUGGACAUCGUGAGCAGUAAUAAGCACUGCAUAAAGAACUUGCUAUCUAGUUUCAUCCGAAAGUACAAGAAGGAGAUCGAGGAGUACGCGCGGGCGGGCAAGGAAAAGGGCGUUGGAUCACCGAAGGACUGGUACAACAAGCAGGACCUGCUCUACGCCGCGUUGGGGGGCUUCCUUCGCAAUUGUCGCCCGGAUCUUAAGGAGGAGUACAACAAGAGCCUUGAGUCGAGUGGGAUUACCGUGCUUGAUGAUACCGCCAUGACGGGAUUGCAAGUUGAGGUUAUCCCUGUGCAUGCUCUCGACCUCACGUCCAUCGACGAGACGCUGCAGGAAUCGAUUCGGAAGCCCUACGAAGAGGCUCUGAACUGUGGGGGUGAGUCCGAAGAGGCAACAUCCCGACAAAAACGUUCAUCGCACCAUUUUAUCAUUAAUAUGGAUUUCGCCUUUGGCGCGCAAGCAGAGGGGAUCUGCCGCGCUAUCUUCUCCGCCUUCGGAAAGCACAUUCGAAGUGUUAGUGUUGUGGGCAAAGCGGGCGGGUUAGUGGGCAAGCGCGGCGACAUCCAGCUCGCGAGCCACGUUCUCCUGUCAAAGUCCAGCCUCAUCAUGGAAGACAACCAAGAUGAGCUCCGCAAUUGCCGCAACCAGGACCUCACCAUUGAGCGGCUGAAGGAGCUCAUCGGACAGCGCAUCGCGGUGCACCACGGCAAGGUUCUAACCGUUACAGGCACGAUGCUUCAGAACGCGCGCUUGUUGAAGUACUACAAGCGGGUGUGGCGCUGCGUGGGGGCAGAGAUGGAGGGCUCCUACUUCGCGCGCGUGAUCGAAGACCUCUACCGCCAAGGUAUUACUCACGAAGAUCUAAAGACACGCUUCGCAUAUUAUACGAGUGAUCUACCGCUUGCACUAUGCGAAGAACAUGAGGGAGUACAGAUUAUGAAGAAUGGAACUGCAGCCCCGGCAACGCUCUCGGCAUCUAUGGGUAUGCAGGAAGGCAUACCACCGCUCUACGCGAUAGCGCGGGCAAUAUUGGAAAAAGUGUUGUUACCAUGA